GUUCUUCAUGGUUCCUAGUUCUGCGAGAUUAAAGUUAGGACUUGGGACAAAAUCAUGAGCCGAGGCCUCCUUUUGGAUUUUGAGAAACGAUAGAUUAGUCAAUCAAUCAUUCGUUCCUUCCGGAAUUGGGGCAGAGUACAAAUGAACAGAAUGAUUGCAGUAUUGGAAAAGGAAGGAAAUGUUAAGAAAAUGGUUGUAGCUAUCGAAUAUCACCAGCUGCAGGGGAUCUCUCUCAGGUAAUUUUGUCCAGAGCCUAUAUUGUCAAUGCCGUGGGAAUAAGGCACAGCUUUUCUGGUAAAAAGCAACGGCCCUUAUUUCCAUGGAAUAAAGCGGCCGGAGCUUGCCUGCCUCACCACUCGCCACCUUUCUCCAGUGUUUAUACUUUAUAUUCUUCUCCCCUCUUCCUUUCCUUCUUCUUCCUUUUCAAUUCCAUUCAUCAUCUUCCCAGACCAGCAAAUCAACAACUUACUCCCUUAAGCCUUGCUUCUUUUCCUACUUCCUGCUGAUUUCAGGCUCGAGGGGCCUCCUGAUAAGAAGUUCGUGGAAUGUCUAAUGUGGUGGAGCUGAAAGUGGGUCUGCACUGUGACGAAUGCAUCAAGAAGAUCCUCAAGGCCAUCAAGAAGAUCAAAGAUAUCGAAACAUACAAUGUCGAUACACAGCUGAACAAGGUCACGGUGACUGGAAAUGUGACUACUGAACAGGUAAUCAAAGUCAUCCACAAGAUUGGCAAGACCGCCACCAACUGGGACGAUCAAGAAGGCCAGCUCCAGCAGCAGUUCUAACUUCCAUAAACCAAUAAUCUGAACAUCACCCAGUACUUCUCUGUAGCCCUGAAAAUGAUUCGCCGUUCUAAUUUCCCCACCUCGAUUUUGUACUGAUCAUGAAUGAAGUAUAGCAGAUGAAAUGGUGAUUGAGAUUUGUAGAAACGGUAACAAAGUUCUCUUCUUUCAUUGUUUUUGUACUUCUUUUUCUUUCUACAUUAGCUUUUGGGGGGGAACUGAAACUGGUACAAGGUACAAGCUAAACGGAAACUUGGGUAAUAGAACCCAGAAAGGAAAUCACGAUUCAUGAAGAAGAUCAUCCUGACUAUCGUCAAAGCAAACACUCUUCUGCACUAUUUACAAUAACACUACACAAAUGAAAAAGAACCCCCCAAACUCGGUCUCCUUCUACUUCCUGACUCACCACCAAUAAUCUACCUCGGCUGCUGAAUCGUCCUCGGACUCACCUUCACAUUCACAAUCUUCGCCGCCUUCUCUGCAUACCUCGGCGACCGAGCCAGAUCGCUCUUCCUCCAUUUCGUCGAUCCCACCGACACCAUGUCCCAUUUCAUCCGGGCCGCUUCCUCUUCCUUCUCCUCCACAUCUGCAACAAAAAAAUAAAAAACACCCCCGAGUCAGUGAGCGAGUCGAAUCGCAACUCAGCGAGCUUAAAUCAAAUCCCUAGGUAGAAGUAGUAGUUCCAGAACUUCCAGUACCUUUGCCGCUGAGGAAAUCGGCGCCGUCGUCGAAGAAAUCGAGGUCGUCGGGGAGGAAGAAGUCGGAUUGGGGAUCCUGGUAGCGCUCCUGGAGCCAGUAGUCGCGGAACCAGGUGGAGGAUUGGAUGAGCGACCACCACUGAUCGGAGAAAUCCUCCACCGCCUGGUAAGCCAUCGGGACGAACAGCGGGGCGUUCGGAUUCAAGGAGGACGAUGAUCGUUGAGCAAACAUGACAUCCAUUGCUACUGCGCGAGAGAGAAAGAAAGAGAGAGAGAGAGAGAGAGAGAGAGGGGAAUAUUGAUUGACGAGGUCUGAAGAUUGAGG